AUGACAUUCCGCACCACAGCAGAAGAAAUGGAGAGACUCCAAUUAUCAGACGAAGAUUCAGACCUUUGGGACUCCCCUUCGAAGAAGAGUGCGCCCAAGAAGUUCACCCCAAAAGCUUCCGAUGAGAAAAUUAAGCUGGAACCUCGGUCCUCUCACGACGGCGCCAAUGAUGGUGAUGACCCGCUCUAUGAUCGUCAAGAGGCACGGGACGCCGCGCUCCGCAACGAGCUACAGGGCGUACGGAAUAUCAACGAAGUCAUUGAGGGACUGCUAAAUAGCUUGGACUCCGCGAAAGGAAACAUGGAGACGGUCUCUCAAACCGUUACCUCGGCCUCGACUCUGCUCAACACAUGGACCCGUAUCCUCUCCCAAACUGAGCAUAAUCAGCGCUUGAUCUUGAACCCGAAUUGGCAAGGUGCUACACAGGAUGUAGCUGAUAUCGAAAAUGAGGCGAUCCGGAAACAACAGGCGGCAGAGCGACGCGAGCAGGCACUCCAACAACAAAGGGAAGCUGCGGCACGAAGGGCAGAAGAGAUUGAGGCACGACGAGCGCAGGUCACUCGGGGGACGCGGGGUACCCGAGGCACUCGAGGAACGACUAGGGGCACUGUUCGAAGCACCGGACUGGGAAGAACCCCCAGUGUGAGCACCACGCGAACAACCGCAACACGCGGGUCGACAACAACACAACAACGCCCGGUUAGUGGAAUUGCACGCGGGAGCGGGAUCUCCCGUGGUCAGCUCGAGCGCGCCCUGUCACCUCCGCCCGAGGGGCGCGUCAUCAGCCCAAAGCUCCGCUCACCACGAGCCUCGGCCGAUCUCCCUUCUCCAAGUCACUUUGCUGCGGGCGGCUAUGGCAAUCAGAGCUUUGGGCGAGAUGUCGAGGGUGGACAUGUGAGCCUCGGGGCUUUCGAGACCAGUCUUCCUAUCAGUAUGAAUGUUGAGGCCAUGCUGGCAUACUUGCUUCUGCCUCCAGCGGGAGGCGUGUUCUUAUUACUUGCUGAACACAAGAGUGAUUACGUGCGAUUUCAUGCUUGGCAGUCAAGUAUGUUAUUCGCUGCUUUGUUUGUUGUCCACCUGCUCUUCAGUUGGUCUAGUUUCCUUUCCUGGACAUUGUUUCUCGUUGAUCUUCUUUUGAUCGGCUUCCUUAGCAUGCAUGCCUAUCAAGAUGUCGACACGUUGGACCAUUUCGAGGUCCCUAUUUUUGGCCGCCUGGCUAAUUCUUUCGUUGAUGAUGAAUGA